CAGGAGUUGUGGUGUACUUGUAUAGGGCUGUGGCGAAUUAGGGCUAACUGCGAAAGGAGAUGGCGUCAGGUUGUUCUAGACAAAGCCAUCCAACCGAGUUAUCUCCAAUUAUCUUGCGUCCGGCAGAUAGUCAAUAUGUCGUACGUAUCCUGUUACAUGCCUCUGUCGUUGAUAUCAUACUUCUGUCAAUGGAUGAGCCAGCAUGACAUCACCCCAGCUAUAUAAACAGAGCCAGCACUCAACCCAUAACAGUCUACACUUCUCAACUCCUAUAAUCUACUAAACAAUUCAAAUACUACAACAACUAUCAAAAUGACCUCCCCCCACCGCGGCGGCAACCUGUCCGACAUGGCACCCACAGGGACAACGAUUCCCAACGACGCCGGCAAAAUGAACACAAUCCCGUCCGUCCCACGCCCUGAGCAACGCUCCGAAGAUUCCGAAUUCUCCUACCAAGGCACCGGGCAGCCCUCGACGGCCUUUGCGGCAGACAACGCCACCGACAUGCCGCAGAGCACCAGGGAUAUGGGCUUCACGGGCGAGGCGAUCACAGGCACGGGCAAUACAUUCGCGGCGCAGGGCAAGAAUGUGGGCAAUUAGAUUGGGGAGAAUCUAUAAACAGAAUGUAUUAUGUCUUGGAUGUUGUUCAUGUGCGAUAAGAAUAGAUACGAUAACGUUAUACGAGGGCGGGGAUUGCAGCAAAGGGCGUGGGUUGAGUCAUAGGCUUAUUUAACUGCAGAUCUCGUAUCCUCAAGACUUCAUCUCGGA